AACACUAAACAGGAAAAAAAAAAAAAAAAAGUAACAAAUUUUUCGUAUCCAUUUUCGAAAGAGCCAGUAAGGAAAGUACUUUUCAAUCCAUAAGAAGCCAUGGAAGAGAUAAUGUAAAUUAUUCACAGAACAAACUCUCUCAAGAAAUAGUAUAUUCGACUAUACUAAGAUCUUUCUUCCUGGUUUUUAAACUGUUAAUUACGUUAUUUCUAUUUUCUAUUAAUGGCAUCUGCCAAGAGAUCUGUGCAGUGUUUGUUGAGCAGAGUUUGCAGGGAUACUAGGAGAAGUUAUGGUGCUCUUCCUGAAGGAACCACUCCUUCCUUCUCUCAACGACUCAUCAACUUGGAGUAUGAAUUCAGCGCCCACAAUUACCAUCCAGUUCCUAUUGUCUUCUCUCAAGCAAAGGGUUCCUCUAUAUGGGAUCCUGAAGGCAACAAAUAUCUGGAUUUUCUUUCGGCUUACUCAGCAGUUAAUCAGGGACACUGUCAUCCGAAGAUAAUAAAAGCAUUAAAAGAGCAGGCAGAAAAGCUUACUCUGAGCUCUAGAGCCUUUUACAAUGAUAGAUUUCCAAUAUUUGCAGAGCGCCUAACAAGCAUGUUUGGCUAUGAUAUGGUGCUACCAAUGAAUACUGGUGCUGAGGGUGUGGAAACAGCUCUCAAGUUGGCUAGGAAAUGGGGAUACCAGAAGAAACAAAUUCCUAAAGAUGAGGCCAUUAUUGUCUCUUGUUGCGGCUGUUUCCAUGGUCGUACAUUGGCUGUCAUCUCUAUGAGCUGUGACAAUGAGGCAACUCGGGGUUUUGGACCAUUGUUGCCUGGACAUCUCAAGGUUGAUUUUGGUGAUGAAGUUUCCCUUGAGAAAAUAUUUAAAGAAAGAGGAGACAAAAUAGCUGGAUUUCUUUUUGAACCUAUCCAAGGAGAGGCAGGGGUUAUAAUUCCCCCAGAUGGUUACCUAAAGGCUGUAAGAGAUCUUUGUUCAAAAUAUAAUGUUCUAAUGAUUGCCGAUGAAAUUCAAACUGGCUUAGCACGGACAGGAAAAAUACUGGCCUGUGAUUGGGAAGAAGUUCGCCCUGAUAUAGUAAUACUAGGAAAAGCAUUGGGUGGUGGAGUAAUACCAGUAAGUGCGGUGCUGGCAGACAAAGAUGUAAUGCUCUGUAUUCAACCUGGAGAGCAUGGAAGCACAUUUGGGGGCAAUCCUUUGGCCAGUGCUGUUGCUAUUGCAUCAUUAGAUGUGAUCAAAGAUGAGGGGCUAGCAAUGAGAUCUGCCAAUUUGGGGGAUGAACUCAGGCGUCAACUACUUAAGGUUCAGCAGCAGUUUCCUGACUACAUUAAGGAAGUUCGAGGAAGAGGUUUGUUCAAUGCUGUGGAGUUCAACAGCAAGAAUUUAUCCCCCAUUUCUGCAUAUGAUAUUUGUCUGAGGUUGAAGGAGAGGGGAGUUCUUGCUAAGCCCACACAUGACACUAUUGUCCGGCUAACUCCUCCACUCUCUAUUAGUUUGGAUGAGCUGCAAGAAGGCUCAACGGCGCUGUCUGAAGUUCUGAAACUUGAUUUACCAAACAUGCGGAAAGCCAAACCAGAAAAGGCUUCCCCAGCUGGUUCUUCAACAUGUGACCGUUGUGGGAGAAAUUUGUAUGCUUCUUCAGAUUAAGAUUUAUGAAUUACAUCGUGCAUGUUUCAAGACAAUUGCAAUCAAUAUUUUCUCUUACCAGCAUACAGAUUCCCAGAAAUAAGUAUUAGUUGAUUUCCUAGUCUGCUUUAAAUGAAAAUUAAGCAAUUGAGAUCUCUCGUCUCAAUGUGGAUGCUACAUGUUUUUGCUUUGUAGUAUGCUAACAAUUAAUACAGUGAUAGAGGAGUACUAGCAAAAGCAGUAGCAUAUCUUUCAUUUUUCC